UUUGUUGGUUUGUUUUGAAUUUUGAUAAGUUAUCGCGAAAUGAUUGUUAAUUUUUCGUAAUACACUUUUGAUUCCCGUUGUUGUAGGUACUUAUCAGUUCAGAUAAUAGCGUGUUCCUAUACGGAGUACUAAGUGCUACAAUACAGAGAAUAAAGCAAAGUGUAACAUAGUAACAGAAUAUCAAAUAUUGUGUACAUAACCUAUAACCUUUACACAAGUUUCGCUGUAAAAAUAGAAGAUAUUUAUGCAACCUUUGUACUCAGUUCGUAAUUUAUAUAAUUUUGUUACAUCUGAAAAUCUUCGUUCAAUAGUCAAUUAUUGUACAAAAGUAAAAAUGUCUUUGGAACAAGCCAAACAAGUAGCGGCAUAUCGUGCGGUCGACGAAUAUGUAAAGAACAACAGUAUUUUCGGCGUAGGAAGCGGAUCUACAGUUGUCUACGCAGUACAACGUUUAUCCGAGCGAGUUGAAACAGAAAAUCUCCAAGUGAUCUGCAUUCCAAGCUCCUUCCAAGCAAAACAACUUAUAAUUAAACAUAAUCUUGUAUUGGGAGAGCUCGACACUAAUCCAGAUAUAGAUGUCACUAUUGAUGGUGCUGAUGAAGUUGAUAACAAUAUGACACUGAUCAAAGGUGGCGGUGGUUGCUUGUUACAAGAGAAAAUUGUAGCUUCAUGUUCCAAAAAACUUAUUGUAAUAGCCGACUACACUAAGGACUCUAAAAAAUUAGGUGACCAUUACAAAAAAGGCGUACCCAUUGAAGUGAUUCCUAUGGCUUAUGUACCUAUUAAGAAUAAAAUUACAUCUAUGUUUGGUGGAGAGAUCAAGUUACGCAAUGCUGUAGCAAAAGCUGGUCCUGUAGUUACUGACAAUGGCAAUUUCAUUCUCGAUUGGAUGUUUUCUAAUCAAGACUUGGACUGGGAAAAGGUGAAUGAAUCUAUCAAAAUGAUUCCAGGUGUGGUUGAAACUGGGCUUUUUGUCAAAAUGUGUGAGAAGGCAUACUUUGGUCAACCAGAAGGAACAGUUGUUGAAAGAUCUGCAUCUAUUAUUAAUUAACUUUUAGUAUCCUAAUGAACAGGCUGGCGACAGGUGCAAAUGUAUUGUUUUAGCAAAACCGAAGACUGAGGGUUGGAAAAAUUAUUAAUUGUUGUUAACUUAUAAAAUAUUCAAGAUAAAUGUGUAAAAGUCUUGAUCAGCUAGCCUAUUCACUAAUUUGGUCGUUAUUAACCUACCUUUGUGGAUAUCAUACACUAGGUACUAGGUUGUUAGUAGGCAUCAAAUGACAUAUGUCACAUAGAAUCUCAAUUUCAUAUAUGUCAAUUGUCAACUAACAUACAUCAAAGUUAGUGAAUUAGCCUUUUUUUUCUUUCUCUACGCCAUGCAAUGUACUUGGCACCCUUAUGGAAUGCUAAGAUAUUCAUCGCUGAUUAAAAGGCCCUACUCACACAUCUGCCGCAGGGGCAAUCUAGGGCGUAGGAGUGGGGAUGACCCUUAAUUGCAUCCUUAAUUGUGAUGUGUGUAGGCAUGCCAGGGCAAUUUGGGAGGAUGGCCCUGCGGCAGGGCGGCAGGGGCGCGAGACUAUCCUUGAUCCCUAAGUCGUCCCUGUCGUCGGUGCGUGUGUAGCGCGAUUGGGGCAAUUUCUCAGUCAGUUUGUCAGCAGCUGUCACACGGAGUGCACGUACAAACAGCGUAGAAUCAAAAUGUGUACUUUUAUAAUAUUCAUGUGGCAUAACUGACUUCUUUUCUGUAGCCAUUUCUUCACCCAGUAUCUCCUUUUCCUUUUUUUUUGAGGUAGCACCACAGAAAGCGCCAAGGCUACUCCAAUCUUUUGAGUGGUCGAUAAUAUGGGUGCCAUUCUCAAUACGUGUGCUCAGCUCGGCUUAUUCUGGAACACUGCACGGCAGGCAAGUGUGUAGAGAUACUCCCGAUAUCGCCACAACCGCCGUGCACUCUAGAUUGCCCCUGCGGCAGAUGUGUGAGUAGGGCCCUUAAAUCCAUAAUUUAUAUGAUAAGGAAAAUGAUAAAUCAGGAUUUUGAUUAAAUUGAUUUUCAAAUAAAUAAUUGCUAAUGUACUUUGUCUACUAUCUUUAUAUAAAAAAGAAAAAAGAAAAAUAUUAUUUAUAAGUAAAAGUGAGAGAGGGUAACUUAUACUUUUGGUGGCAGAACAACACAAAUUAUGAUGCAACAUCAAGUACAGCAAUAACACCAUUUAUUAUAUUUAUUCAUUAUAUUGUUUGGAAUAAUACUGAUCUUAAAUUUAGUAAGUAAAAAGAUUAGAAAGAUGUACAUCAAUAUAAAAAUAUGUAAUCAAUAAUAACCAUGACACUUUUAAUUACAUUUUAAAGCAGGAUUUAGUGGAAUAUUAACACAGGUAUUUCAGGUAAUUUAUAUAUUUUAUAUAAUAUACUAUGAAACCACAAGAUUCAAUAAAAUUAACUUUAAUUUGUUGAUUUUUUACUUGGAUAGUUUGUACUUUUUUGUAAUUUUUAAAUUUAUUGACUAUUUUCAACAUAUUAUCUGUGACUAAGUACUUGUUGUUGGGAAAAUCAGUAAAAUUUUGUUUAUUAUAAUCACAAGAUCCUGCAAAACAUUUACAACUACACAAAUUAUGUAUUUAAAAUUAUAUAAAAAUUGUAUAAGCUGUAAAUGAAGAUUUUAUCCAGGAAAUAUUUAAAAAUAAUUAUUCACCUUAAUGAUUGUAUAAUCAUUGUUAUUGUUAUAAUUUAUAAGUGUACAUUUUAAUUGCAAAUCUGUUAAAAACAUUGUUUGAUACUAUUAUAUUAUUUAUAUUAAAAUUUAAUAUUACAAUGUAAAUCAGGAUUCUAUCCAGGUAAUAUUUUAAAAAUAACAAUUUUUUUUUCUUAACAUAUAUAACAGAUAAUUUUUGUUUGUAUUCUUAAAACUGGAGUCCCAUACUACAUUUGCUCAUAUUACACGAGGUGAAUAUCAUUACUAACAAUAACCUAAUAUGCUGUAAAUCUAAAAAAGAAUCCAUUGCAAUGUUAAGAUCUACUAAUAUGUGUUCCUGUCUCCAUAAUAUUUAAAUUUGUGCUAAAGAGUUAAAUAACUAUGUGGAAUGUAAGUAUCAUCAAAAUAUACUUUUAUACUAUAA